GGGAAGCAGAACAAGACAGCAGCAGCAGCAGCAGCAGCUCUGCAGGCUGUCAGCAGCUGAUCCAUGAUGUGUUACCAGGAGCACUGAGGACAAACACAGGAGACAUACAGGAGACCUACAGGAGACCCACAGGAGACACACAGGAGACAUACAGGAGACCUACAGGAGACACACAGGAGACACACAGGAGACACACUCUGGACCUUUUUUCUUUUCUUUUGUGGUGUUUCAUGUGUGAUGGCUAAUGUGUCAUCGGUUGAUGUGGGAGUUUUGUUUCUCAUCGUGGUGACAGCAUCUUUGGCAAAUGCAGGUUCGUCGUCCAUCAGAGAUGUGAGCCUGAGGAGGGAGCUGGAAGCGGUUAAGCUGAGCACGCCGCUGCCCGGCGGCGAGGAUGACCUCGGCGGCAAAGCGGAGCCCUGCGCCGCCUGCAGUGACCCGCCGGCGGCCAGGAGGCGUUCGAAGAGGUGCACGUGUUACACUUACAAGGACAAGGAGUGUGUCUAUUACUGCCACCUGGACAUCAUCUGGAUCAACACACCAGAGCACACUGUACCAUAUGGUAUGUCCAGUUACCAGGGUUCCCUGCGUGUGAGGCGCUCCGCUGGGACUGAGCCGGCGAGGAGGAGGGGGGCGGUGGCGCUGGCGGUGGCGGUGGAGGUGGCCCAGCGCUGUGUGUGCACACAGCAGACCGACUCUCACUGCAGCAGAUUCUGCAUUGACAGCAGGCAGAGGAGGCCACCGCCAGCAGCAGCGCCUAAAAUAGACAAGAGGACAGCAUCUCUGCGCAGUGGGCCUGUUAUGAAAUGAACAUGCUGAUAACCUGAAAGGUGGACAUUCGUCGUCUUUACACCCCCCAUCAUCAGACCGAUGGGGUGAAUAAACCGCUAAGCUGCUUGCACACAAACUGAAAAGCGGAGGGGUAUAUAUCUCCGCCUGCGUCUGUCCGGCAGGUGUGGACGAUGUUUUUCAUUCUCCGGUCUCCCCACCGAGGACGGGUUCUACGUGACCCACUUGUGUCGACCACGAAAGACUUUGGUAGAGCACACACAUGUCCGUGCCGCGUGAUGCGGAGGCCACUUCAAGAGCUGCUGCCAUCCGACUCCACUGCCUCGACGCAUGCUGUUAAAACAUUACCACAUGAAACUUGUCACACAGCCGUGUUUUCUCCACAGACACAUCAUUUAAUCUGCCUGUCUCCGUCAGCACGCGGUCACAGCCACUAACUCACUGUUACUUUACUUUAAAAUUCACAAUUUGUCACAGUCACUGAAACAUCCAACAUAUAUAUAUUAUUAUUUUUGUAUUAGGUUGUUCCCUCAUGAAUGGAAAUAGUUUCAGCAUUUCAGUGAAUGACUUCAUGUUGGAGGAGGUGAGGAGGUAAAGGAACUUGUAUUAAGCUGUAUCCAAGUCUUGUGUAUAUGAAAUGUGUUUCAGUAUAUAUAGGCUCUAAAUUAUAUUUUCGUACAAUACCUAUAGGUGUAUAAUAAGAUGUUGUAUAUAGAGUUAUAUAUAUAUAUGUGAUCAUGCUAAUCAACAGUCCUCAAAAAAAAAUCCAUACAGCAAAUUCAUAGGACACAUUAUUUAUCAUCUGUUUAUUCUUGUAAUGCAACGAAUUCCCCAGAUAACCCGACCGUCUGCACACUAAAGAUGUUGAGAACGACA